CUUCUGUCCCCCCUCUAGUUCUUAGGCCCAGUGGGCCUUGGAUAUUUCACUCGAUUACUCGCUUUUCAUCUCCCGCUAUGUGUUACUUUAUCUUUGACACUUCUUAGAAUGUACUAGAAUUUGGCUUUCGUCUCUUCGUCUAUUCGUCUUUUACACGUGUAGAUCCUUCCUUCACUCACUUAUUCGGUUCGAUUAUAGACCAAUAUCAUCCUUCGCAGCUUCGCUUUGGCCUCUUGCAAACAUCCUAGGAAGUUGUACGGGGUGUGAAAGACUUCCGGUUGAACCUUCUCUCCGCAGAAACACCCUAAUAUUGACUGACUUUGUGUCUCGACUCAUAAACUCCCCGAAGAAGAAAAGGGCCCUGGAAACUUACAGAGCCGGCGUGGCGUUAAGUGGGAUCUGUAGCCAGAGUUCUCCAUCUGCCAUACUCACAUCUCUCUUCAAACACCAUCCCCGAGAGUCUCGCGAAGCUUCACAAAAUGAGUGGACAACUCACGGCUUUCGUUUAUGGCACCCUGAUGGACCCUCGUGUCUUCUUCAGGGUCGUGCAGGGCAAUUCCGACCCGCCAGAGGUCAUCCGGAACCUCUACACCUUCACGCCCGCCAUCCUGCACGGCUAUUGUCGCCACCGCGUCCGAACUGCCGACUAUCCCGGCAUCAUCCCCGAAGAAGGCCGUUCGGUCCGAGGCAUUUACGUCACCGGCUUGACGGAUGCCAACAUCGAUAAGCUCGAUUCCUUCGAAGGCGACGAGUACGAGCGUCGGACCGUCAAGGUCAAGCUUCUGGAGCAAGUCGGUGAUGAUGAUGCCGAGGGCGAGAGCUUGGUCGAGGGCGAGGAGAAGACGGCCGACACGUACGUGUUCAUUUAUCCCGACCAGAUUGAGCGCGGCGAGUGGGAUUUUGAGCAUUUCCGCCGUGAGAGGCUCAGGUACUGGGCGAGGGAGGAGUUCUCCUUCGAUGAUGCGGUUGACGAAGCCGUCUGAGGUAGCCCAACAAAAACGGACUCUGCUGAGAAUAUGAGGCUAGGACAUUGGGCAGUAGAGAAGCACUUUAGAAACAAGAUUUAACUCAGUCAAAGACAUCAUUCCCAC